AUGUUCUGCAAAACUUGGAUUUUGUCAGCUUUUAUUAUCGGUGGGUUGGCGUCACCCUCUCUAGUCGGGGAUAUCCUAGGAACAAGUCCAGGCUCAAUGACCAGUGAAAGCCCUUCAAAAGCUAAUGUAACCGUCUCCGAUGAUGAUAUUAUGAAGACUCCAAUGGGACCUGUAUCAAGAAAAAAUACUCAUUAUGUCCCAGACGGUGCCCACAUUCGGCACAAUAAUUCAAACGUCGAUAUCGUGUGGCCAAAUGGGACAGUCAUAAGUUCUACACCGACGUCUGGAAGUUCUCGAAACGCAUCACAGUACAUAGGCCGCUUCGCUCCUCGUGGUGUUGAUGAAGGGGAUGUCGUCUUUGCUUACUUUAAGAACGACAAAAUUAGCCCAUUCGCCAACUUUUCCACAAUUUGGGACGUACCCACACCUCCUGUAAACUCGGACGGCCAGGUGCUGUAUAUGUACAAUGCCCUUGUCUCCAACGAGUUCGACGCCAUGCUGCAACCUGUGCUACAGUACGGUAUCUCUGCGGCCGGCGGUGGAAACUUCUGGGCUGUGUCUUCAUGGUACCUGGUCAAUUCGGACGUCUUUUACACUAACCUCACUGCAGUACCGUCAAAUCAGACUCUGGGCGGCUUUAUCAACAUUGACAACAUCACAACAACCAGUGACGCAGUUACGACCUAUUACUACUCUUGUCUAUUUACUGGUGUACCGGGAACGGCGAUGUCUGUAUCGGUAAACAAGGAAUUAGUAUAUGCCUAUGAGGCAUUCGGUGUGGAUAGCAUCUCAGGACCCUCCGAUCUGCCGAAAGGGAGGACAACGAUGAGGAAUGUCAACAUUUUCACUCUAGAUGGGAAAGAUGCCAAUGCUGCCUGGACAACAUACAAUAACGACAAUGCGACUCUUGCAACAGUAACUAUUGUUAAAAAUGGCACCGACGGGGAGGUCGAUAUUGUUUACCCUAAUCAAUAG